UUGGUCGUUUAAUAGUUCACCGGUUUUAAAGGCCCUGCAUUAUGUUGCUAUGCAAUUAAUAACAUACGACAAAAGCAUAUGCCACGUGAUCGAUUUAAAAAAAAGAAAGGCAACAACAUGGCGAGGCAUGUAGAUUCCAGUUCAAUUAGUCGUUUUAGGUGGCUUAUUGUAUGUUUAGCCAACGAUAUUACCGACUACGAGUUGAAGAAAGCUAAGUCAUUAAUGAGAGACAAACUGGGUGAUAGUAAAUACGAGAAUAUCAAGGACACUUUUGCCUUCUUUGAUGAGCUACUGGAAAGAAAACGUAUUCACGAAGGGGAUACCCAAUUGUUACGGCAUAUCCUCCAAAAAAUAGGUCGACAAGACUUGAUCGAUGAGCUUAACAAUUACCAUUCAGAGUAUGCCAUUAUUGCUAAACAUUAUAAUAAGCAUCUUCCGGCCUAUGAAGGCCCGUUCUUCGGUAGAAAGGACCGGUUGGAAGAGCUCGUCCGUCUGCUGCAAGGAAAACGCAAGAAUGCCGUAGACAUCAUCUGUAUCAGUGGACUUCCUGGUAUGGGUAAGACCAGAUUAGCCAAGGAGGCAUGUUUUAAUCAGAUAGAGUACCACGAACUUUUGUUUAUUAAUCUACGAGAAUUGACUACAACAGAGAGUAUCUUUCGUGAAGUAAUGCACAGAUUGGGUGAAGAUACGUAUUUAGACAUUGGCAUAGAUAUUUUGACUUUAGAGUUGAAAAAAUAUAAGCCGAAGAAUGCUGGCGGUGCUGUACUUAUAUUUGACAAUGCCGAUCGCCCACUAAACACUCCUGGAGAGGGAAAAGACGAUGAAGUAUACAACAAUUUUGUUGAACUAAUUGAAAGAAUCAUUAGAUGUGGUAACACUCAUCUGAAGGUUUUAAUCACAACAAGAGGAAGUUUGCCUCGAAAACUAUGCACUCGUUAUGAAAACUGCGUCUUUGAGGUUUCAAUCAAGGCCCAUGAGCUAGAAUAUGAUGACGCAGGAGAUAUCCUCAAAUACUACGCCGGCAAAGAGACUGCAAUAUCAAAUGAAGAUUUGAAACAGCUCAUACACUUAUGCGGAAAGUGCCCGUUGGUUUUGAAAGUCAUUGGUAGGCGUUUGCAGGACCAAGCUAUACCUCCUAAAAAAAUGAUUGAGUAUUUAAAAUAUAAAUCUGAUGGCAUCACUAAUCUUGAAUUCUGUGAUGAAGUAAACCUCGAAGCUUGUUUGAAGGACACGUUUUAUCGCCUGCCCGAAGCACAGAGGUUUCGUUUGCUUCGACUUUCCACUAUUCCUGGUACAUUUACCAGUCGUGCAGCUCAGGUUGUUUUAGGAAUGAAGUCAGCCGAUAAGGUCGAUGUCAAGCUCCAGCUUCAAGGCUUAAAAUACAGGAAUCUCAUUGAGACAUCUAUAGAUAACGAUGACUUCAACGCGUCAGGUAUACGCUACGGAAUGCACCUUCUGAUGCGACAGUUUUUGCAAAAGAUAGCCAAGGAUGAUAAGUCUAUCACGAAGCAUUACCGCGAAGCAGAAGAGAAGUUUGUCCACUAUUAUUUAAGAAAGCUAGCAAAAAUUGGAAGAAUGAGUCAGAAAGAGUACAAGAGAGCCAUGAAAAGAAAAAAUGAUGACGCUGCCAAUUUUCAAGAGCUACUUAAGCUACUACCAAAACAGAAAAGAGUCAUUGAAGACGAAGAGUGGCAAGCAAUAUCUAGUACAGUGGAACUAUUUUAUUCACCAAAAGAAAGAUUACAGUUUUUUACAGACCAGCGAGAGCUUGAGCAAGAAAACAAUAACACAAACAAGAUUGUUGAAAUGUUGGCGUACGAAGGGGUACAGAUGUCCAUAAAUAAUUAUAAUUACGAAGAGAUUCUUCCAAAGUUUGCAGAAGCUGAGAUAAUGCUGCUGAAAGCUACAAAGAAAACAGUAGUAAAUUCAAAUAAUAUAUUCCUAACCAGUUUAUUAUAUUUGUUAUCCAAGAUUAAACCUGACAGAUAUUUUGCUGAAAAGUACAUCCAGAACUUAAGCGAUGCCGAGAAAGAAAUACUUGUAAUACUUUAUCACCUUUGGGGUAAUGCUUGUACAAAAUGUGGUCGUGAUUUAGACCUUGCCAAUAAGCGGAUGCAAAUCGCAUAUGCUCUUGUUAGAGAGCUAAAUCUGAGAAACGCAACCACUGCUAGAUUUUAUAGCACAAUGGCCACUGUGAUGCAGAACCAAUAUUGGCGCCAGGGAGGCAAUGCUCUCUUCAAAAGGAGCAAAAUAAAAGCAGCAAUGGAAUUUUACACAAUGGCAUACAAUUUAAAAAAAGAACUAACUGGGUCAGAGAAUCACCCAGAUAUUGCCGUGUAUCUAGCGAGCAUCGGGGGUUGCUACUAUCAGUUAAAAGAUAUAGAAAAUGCUAUCAAUUCUUACAAAAAGGCCAUAGUGUUAAGAGAUAAACUUCAAAUCCAAUACAAUGAAGCACACCUAAGAACACUCAGAAACCUUGCACUUGCCUACAGAGAUAACGGCAGAUAUGAAGACGCAAUCGACUUUGGGAAAAGGUGUGCAAAAAGCCGUUCUGAGUUGCUAGGCGACCACACAGACACGGCACGCAUAUACUACCUUCUGGGGUUAUUCUAUGCAGAGCGAAACCAUCAUGGUGACAUGAAGGCUGCAGAGCAAAACUUCGAGGAGGCUCUGCGAAUUGAGGAAAAGCUGUGGGAGCAAGGCAAGCUUCAUACCAUAGACUGGGAGAAUCUAAAACAAAAGAUACACGAUGUUCUUACAAAAACUGGCCAGAGGUCGAAAUAUCGAGACUAUAAAAAACGGUUUGAAAAGGCAGAAAAAAAAUCAUCACAGAGACCACAUAACACAACCCAUGCUGGAUCUGUAUUUAUUUUGCCAGAUAAACCGAAUGAGGGCGACAAACAAGUGGCCACUAAGAGAACGCACAGUGCGUCUAGCUCCGUGGAUGAUCGCGAACUGUCAGAAGUGACAAGUAUCGAAGGAAAUGAUGAAUCGUUUGAGGGCGACACACAGGUGGUCAAUCGUAAGCGAAAGCACGGUGCGUCUAGUUUCGAUGAUGAUUGCGCAACGUCUGCGGACUCUAUUUUAAGCAUGACAAUUGUCGAAGGACAGGGUAACCGAAAGAAGAAACGGAAAAUGAGAUGAUAGAGCUUGCAAUAGUAUAUGAAUAAUUAAUUCGAGAUCAAGAGAAACCAAAUAAGAACAACCUGACAUGGUUGAGAAAGGGCGUUGAAGUGUGCAAAGUAGUUUUAUGCCUAUAGAGGUUCAGCUUUUCCCUGUGCAGCCAAAUUAUUUCAUUCUCAUUUCAUAAAAAUGAUUCUCAUAAAAUACGAUUCACAAAAUGGGCGGAAAGACAGGAAAUCUGCAGAAAAAACUAAAUAAACUAUCAAAUGGAUUACCUAAAAAUGGCGGAGACAAUAAGCAAUAUAUAUAUAUAUCAAAAUCAGCCCUUAAAAUAAUCUUUCAAAACUUUAUAAAAAUAUAUAAAAAUUUUUAGCGCACAUUAGUCGGCAAAUCAUCCCAAAGUAGGGGAAAAUAAUUACAGAUAAAAUAUUUGAAACAAUCAGUCUGGCAUAGUUAUGAAUGAAUUUGAAAUCACUAAAAUUAUAACGUCUAAGAUUAAUUUUAAUAAGGUUUAAAAUUGGAAACUUAUAUUUAAUAUAAAUGCACUUUGUGGCAAAUAAGAUAGAAAGAAACUUUAAACGAUCCUCAACGGUACGUAAAAAAGAAUACCAAGUCUUUGCGUAUAUUAUGACAAAUUCAAAGAGGGAGUAAUCUUUCGUUGAAUUUUCUCAAGUGAGAAGAUAUGACCCUUUUGAUGAGGAAGUCAUGUCGGGAUAUUCAAUAGAAGGUCGGACAACAGUUUUAAAUAGUUUUAUAUAUAAUGAAAUAAAGUUUUAAAAAUUUCUACACUACAAAAUUGUUCUCACUCACCAGAGCGCUUUCACCUAACCAACUGGCGCCUUCAGUGGUUUCAGUUACGGUGUUCACUGCAGGGGUGGAGCCAGGAUUUGCCCGGCUGGGGGGGGGGGUGUCCCGAUGAGGGGUCAGAUCUCCCCGACGAAAGCAAAGAGGGCGUGGUCAAGCUUCGACUAAAAGGUUCCGAUAGUGGUCCUGGGGACGAAGCCCCCGAAAAUUUUGACAAUUUAGGGGUUUGAAAGGCUUAUUUAAUCGAUUUUAGAGUCUACUAAUAUGUAAAAAAUACGUAUGAUCUUUUAGGUAAUUUAAUGUGUUUAGAAUACUCAAACAGAACAGACAAUCAAGUUCAAAAUGUUGUUAAUUUUUUUUUUAGUAAUUCUUUUAUUCCCACUGAUACACGUCAAACCAACCGGAAUAACUACUGCUACACCUUUUAGUUACAUUCACACAAAUCAAACUACACACUAUAAUGGCUAACGAUAUCGAUAAUCUUCCUGUCGCUUAUUUAUCCCUACAUACAAAGACUAGGCAAGUAUAAGUGAAAGUGUUCCGUUCCGUCUGAGAGAAUCUGCUUUCCGUGUCUUAGAGCGACCUUCUGCCAUAUGCGAUUUUAUGUGUUUUUUUAAUUUUUUUUUUAUCGUGUCUGUCUCUCUGCACUAUUGCAUAUAAGCCAACUUUCCGUAUUAUACACCUCAGUUCUUUUUGCAGAUCGAAAUAGGCCUUCACUGUAUUUCCUUAUUUGUUCAGGAUUUUCUAGGCACGUGGCUGGUUUUCAAAUAUCAGCCAAUCACGUAUUCAGUACGGUAAGUCAAUUGGAGUCAGAGCAUACCCUACAACGCUUAAAUUUGCUAUUGUGACAACCGUGUGGCAUGGUAACGUCAGAAUAGCCAAUUUAACACUGGAAUGGAAGCGGUGCUUCUAAGAGUAUGUGCGCAUUCUCUUCUUACUUACUUUUGUUGUUGGGCUUGAAGCUAUUGCUUAUAUGCCCCUCUAGAUAAUCCCUCCCAUGUUCUCCUGCAUUGGUUGAACUUCAGUGGGUGAUUUGACCAGUGUUUCUCAAUCUCUGCUUUAAACUUGUUUACAGAUGAUGCCAUAACUGCCUUCUCUUCUCUGGUAAAUCGUUCCAGUCAUUAAUUGCCCUAAUUGAGAAGGAAAACUGUCUCAUUCUUGGAACAAAUUGGAACCGCCACUGCCGAUCGGGUAUUCUAUAGGCCAAUCUCAAUGAAUAAAGUUUGAAUAACUUUGCAUACAUGUGACCAGUAUAGAGGAAACUUCGAAUUAUUAUUAUUAUUUGAACAUCCUAGAUAUGCCAAUACCUUGCAUACCCUGCAAUUUACCCUACGGUCCGCCACUGGAUUUGACCGACCAAUCAGCAUCACUGAUAGCGUGUAGCGAUUGUAUAGAAGUCUCAACAAUUAAACAAGCUAGGAAUAUAGGUGUUGUGUUUCAUCAUUUAUGAGUUUACUCGUCCUAUCUCUACAACUUGCCGCUCAAUCCAUUUUCAUCUUCGAAAAAUUCGUCAUAUCCGUAAAUAUCUUUCUUUUGAUACAUCUAAAAUGCUUGCAGAUUCCUUGUGUUUUUUUUACGGUGUUCGUUAUGUUAGCAUGCGUUUCCAAAGUGGUUCUUUUUCUCACACGUGUACCAUUGUUGGCCAAAUGCCGGGCUUGAAGUUUUACCAUCUACGUAUGGAAAUUUGCCACAAUUUUUUUUUAUUUUAAACCAUUGACUUUUUUUUCUAUUUUUCAUGAUAUGGCUUCGUUUUAGGCUUUAGGCUUAUGCACUUUUUCAGCUUUGUUUAUUACUUUUUUUACGCCUGGUGCCGACUGGCUCUUAAUCUCGUAGCAUGUAUUAUCUUAUGUUGGAUCGAUAUGGCGCAAUAUAAAACUACACUCUUAUUAUUUUUUUUAGGGUACUGUUUUGCCUCUAUGUAUUUGAAUAUCUCGUGUUGUGUAUACUUCUUUAGGCUCAAAACAGGUUCUUCAUUUUAGUUUAGCAUCCUUUAUUGCAAUCAGCGUCAUCCUUUAGAGAGUAUCAUAUAUGAUGAACACUCUCUCCGGCAUAGUGUAACAGUAGUGCUAGCUUUUUUGGUCAGCCGUUAUAUGCAUUGCUAAGAGGUAGUUUUCAAAACGUGCUAGCCAUUUGGUCCACUUAGGCCUAUUGAUCCUUUGUCAGUGUCUGGGUUUAGUGGUAGAAAGCAUAACGGAUUUAUCGCCAUCCUAACAAUAUGAUACAGUACACACUUAGUUUAAAUUUAUCUUUCAUAUUUCUAUGUUGAUCUGUUUUUACUAUGUACUACUGGGGCUGGUGGAUGUCUCUAUUUUUGUGAAUUUUCCUUUGUCGUCAUUAUAAUGAAGUACGCUUGACUACAUCGUGUCGUGAUAUCUUUAUUCUAUUGGCACUAUAUCUUAAUCAGCUAUCAAGUAAUAUUACAGAUUAUUGUUUGGGUCCUCUUUUUUUUGUGUCAUGUAUGUUGAUAUUGUUAUGUUGAUUGAUUACCAUUCACGUUUAUGCCUCCUCCCGCACAGGCCUGCUUUUUUUAGGAUGCCCUCUUUUUCUAUUAUUUUUUUUUUAUAGUUCUUUUAUUGAUUUUGAAACGUACGCUUUUGGAAUCUAUGUUUCUUCUUUAAACAUGAAUUUUAAUCCUUUAAGUCGCUAGUAAAUACUAUAUUCAUCUUUAGUUAUUGAUAAAAAAUUAAUCUAGAAGUUAUUUCUUAAUAUUCCGAUUGACCUUAAUUAGUAUGCCUAUUGUUAGUUAAAUUUUAUGUCAUUUUAUAUUUUAUUGACGUAUUUCUUUUUUAUUUAGAAAUUAUACAUUUGUAUUUUUUUUUCUCUCUUUUUCAUGUCAAAGUAAUAUUUCGUAUAAUUUUAAUUCAAUCAUUUAAAGCCACCCUUCCUAAACUAUGGAUCGCGACAAAAUAAUUGGGGGCGCCAAACGUUUGCGUUAGGUCGCGAGCAGGUUUGCAAAAAAACAAUUAAAUUCAUGUGCUUAUUUACAGACAGUUGACGUUACGACCUAAAAACAGUAUUUUUUGUGAACCCAUAGAACAAUAUAUUAUUAUAUGUCCACAAUGAAUAUCCUGAAAUUUGAAUGAUGGCUAUUAUUAUUUUUUUGCCACAUACCACAACAUAAUUGUACAAAUCUAAACUCUUCACUAUUUAAAAAUAUUUAUAGAAGUAUAAGUUUAAAACAGAAAUACUGUCAGGUGGCCUAAGGAUAGCAUUAUCCAAUAAAUUUUAAAUGUGUAACUAUUGCAAAUACAUUACCUCCCUCUAUUUUAGUUGAUACAAUUAUAGUUAACACAGGGUUAAAAUUAAAGUUUAAGAUAAUUAAAUAUAUUUAAAGAUUGAUAAGUAGUCGUUUUUUAAACAUAGACCAUCAGAUUUUGAGGAUUUUGUAAAGGUCAAUGUGCAAGUUACUAUCGCAUUAUUAGAUUGAAGCGAGGUUUUAAAGAACCAAUACUUUUUGUUCUGGAAUGUAACCUUUGUAUUUAU